AUGCGCGAGAAGUUUGACAUCGCGCGUCAGCUCGAUGACGCGACAGCCCGUGAGCAACACCUUUGGGAGCGGGCCGAGGCGGCCAACAGCAGGUCCCAGGUGUCUGAGGAACGUUUAAGGAGUUGCCUCAACGACCUCUCAGAGGCAAAUCAUGAACGGCAGAAGCUGCGAGCACAGAGAUCCGAAGGCGUUUCGGACCAGUACGAGCAGAGAAUUCAGGAAAUGCGAGAGCAGUUCAGAAACGAAAUGGAACUUCGAAUGAGCAAGCUGCAGAAGGAGUGUGGCAAGCGCGAGUUCCAGCUCCAGGAGUUGGCCAAAGCCUCUGCGAAGAGGGCAGACGAGGCCGAGCAUCGGCUGGCGGACAAAGUGACGGGUGCUGACCGCAUCGAGGCGGAGCAACGGGCGGCCCUGCAUGCUGCAGAGGCCGAGGCUGCCGAGGUGGCCCGCUUGAAAAUCGAGGAGGCCUACCGCGCCGAAGGCCUUCGUGCUGCCUCUCGCGAGCAACAGCUCAAGAUCCAGCUCGAAGAUGCGCAGGAGCAGAUCCAGCAGUUGAAGAAAAUGCUGGAGGAGGCGAAGAUAGCUUCUCUGCCUGCUGCUGGCCCAGCUGACCCUGGCAAGGACGGUGGAGAUCCCGACCGUCCGAGACAGUUGCUCCAGGAAGUGAAAAAUGUCACCCAGGUCGCCGAGGUGGAACUUCCUCGCUGCCACGCUGGUCCUGGGGAGGAGCUUUCCAAUGCUCUCCAAGCCGUCGCGGUCAAGACUGUCGUCCUGAUUUGGGCACCGAUAGGAAGCGCGACCGGCAUCGAGCUUUCAGCCCUGGAGGAUGCAGGCGAGCCGCAGCUGAAUGAGACGGCGCUGCCGCUGCUGUGGAUGGACCUGCAUGCCGACUCGAUCCUGCAGGCACUGUCGGCUUUGAUUCCCGAGUCGCAGAGACGAGGCCAGCUGCCCGCUCUGCACAAGGGCAUCCACCAGGAGACAUGCGAACUCCGACCCCCGCGCCCUGGGAGUGCCCUGCUUGCGUUGGUUUGGCUCGUGGCCUGUUUGGGGGCCCUGGUCUACCUGACGAUCGCGCUGGCGAGGGCGAUCUGCACUCCUCAGGAUCCCACUUCAGUUCAACAAGCUGUGGGUGAUACAGGCCAGGAGCAAGCGGCUUCUCUGGUAGCUGGACGCCCUGGUCGCGGCACGCCAGGCUUCAAUACCAUGCACAAGCUCGCCGAGUCCGUGUUCCUUCCUGUGAUGCGCUUCUUCGACGCUUUCAGUGUGCCAGAGGAUGUACGCAGAAUGGCAGAGCGCCGCGCCGAGUUGCACGGCGCUGGCGCCGGUCGCAGCCCGACAGCCCUAGGUGCCAGUGGAAGCGAGCCGGAGCCCGAGGAGAUGCGACGUCCGGCUGUGCUUGAGGCGCUGCUGGCGGCUGAAGACGCGCAGCCACAGCAGCUGUUACAGGUGCCAGCGCUGCCAACACGGCCGGCAUCCCCACGUUUCGGGGACGGUGAGGCCCAGGCGGACAACUCGGCUGACCCAUCGCGAGCAACUGGAAGCUGA